AGUCUCCGUGGUUCGUGGGGUGCGUGAACGCCGGUAGCAUGCUCCAUACACCCGGAAGAACACGUGACCCUGACCCGGUAACCUGCCGUAUCCGCUGCCUGGAAAAGGGGUAAACUAUAAUGACUCGGAUGUACUCAAACUAAGGGUCAUUUAAUACCGAGUAUUUCUGCAAAAUUACAUGAAAAAAUCCUUCUUUUUAAAAUUCAUUACUCAUGAUAACAGUAGUUUUUCAAUGGUGUUAGGGUUAGGGGCUCCAGUAUUUUUUCCCUUAACGAUUUACGCAAUUUAAAAAAAAAAAUGCUAUCUGUGGAAAUUCGUCUUUGUGUGAAAUAUAUUGGAAAAAAGAAUUUAGUUUCAAACAUCAGGAAAGAUUCAAAAUGUAAUGUACUGGAAUCAAAACUCGUAUUUUCCUACAUUUUUUUCUUCUUAUACGAAAAUUCUGUAAAUAAACUCAAAUGGGAUACAAUUUUCUGUAAAUGGGGUAUAUUUUUGGUCAUAAAAAGGCUUAGAAAUACCAAAAUAAUCAAUUUCUUGUGCACCCAGACAGAGAUACAGUCUGUGUUUGUUGUUUUUUAGUGUCACUAUCCAACUCUAUGUCUCAAAAGUGUCACACCAGAUUUUACACAAGAACUGGGCUUCCUAUUUGUGCAUUCAGAUGAGAGAAGUCCAUCAUGUGCAGCUUUAUGAAUUCACAGUGUUUGUUGUUAAAGAUUCCAGGUUGCAGGUUUGACCUCAGCUGAUUGCUACUGUGGAAACUGGAAACAUAGUCUGGUGGGAAGUGAGUGUUUGAACACGUCUUAUAAAGAGGAGACAAAGGAAGUGAGAGGAGAGAGACAAAGGUGAGACGGGCUGAUGACUUUUUCUUUGGUUUUAAUGCCAAACGGGGACUUCUCUUUCAAACCAGUUUUUCUUUUCUUUUCUGUUUUCUUUUUCAGUGUCCUCUCCUUGCCCGUUGGAGGUGGAGAAGGAAGUGUGGCACUCUACAGAGCUGAAGGACUUUUUCUGCUCAGGGUUUGUCUGUCUGUCUCUGCACACAGGGUGCAGGUUGGGGAAACUUUUGCUGUGGAAGUGUCAGGGAAACUGGCAGGACACCCCAGUCAGCCGACAGGUCAGACAGCACUCAGUUGCACGCAUGAGGAAAUAUAAUUCAAACUUACUAUAUUAAUGAAAAAUAAUUAUUUUGUUAAAAAAAAAAAUCUUAAUUAGAAUUUCUGUGAUAGGCAUGUUGUCUCUUUAAAAAUGUAUUUUUUGUCACUUUUUCCCUUUUGUCAAUUCCCUCCCUGUCUGCUGAAAACACUAUUGGCCUUUUAAUUAAAGUAUAUGCAUUAUGUAUCAGCGAAUGCAAUGCACUGUAUAAUAAAAUUCCAAUUAGAAAUAGUUAAUACAGCAAUAAAAUAUGACUGUUUCAAACAUAUACAAAUAUUUUUUUUUCAUUUAUUUUAACCAAAAAUGUUUUCUCGAUAAAACUAUAAAAACCAAGCAAAUAAUGAAUGUGCAACACAGAGGAAAGCUGCACAAAAUUACACGUUACCAUAGCAACUGACUUUGUGUAUUUUUUCUACAACUGCAGAAUUAUUUUGUGGUGAAAAAUGAUGAACAGGAUUUUUUAGAUAAUGAAUUUGAUAUAACUUGAUUUAAUUAGUGUGACACAGCAUAACCGCAGUAUCUAAAGCUGAAAUUUUUUUAUUUCUGAGGGAAUGUUUAUCGCUUUAUAUUGGACAAAAAUUACCAGAAUGUUUGAAUGUCAUCUUAAAAUAUCAAACAAGGAGGAAAAAAAGACAAAAUAAAAUCCUUUUUUGAUUAGUCUUUUUUUUUUUAAACAAAAUUGAGUGACAAAAUAUUUGAUAGAUGAACUACAUAUCUGUUUUUGCUUUCAAUGAUUUUUGUGCUUUUCAGGGCUGAGGGGCGUGGAUAGGGAGGAGCUCUCGUUUGUCAAAGUCGAGUUUGAAGAGCCGGCCCCUAAAGGUCAAAGUUCACACCAUGUCACUGUGCUUGAUGAUGGCUCUUUUGCUCAGUCAGCUGACUGGGUUUUUGGAUCUCCAAGAAAAUAUCAACUCAGUAUGUGAAAAAGAGCAAACAGUUUCAUCAUAGAUUAAUGCAGCGGUUCUCAACUGGUCUCACUCUGGGACCCACAUUUUCCCAUGGUCCUUAAGUCGCGACCCACUUUUAUCGAAUUCAGACCAAGUAAAUUUAUUUUUUAUUAAAAAAACCUGUAAGGACUCUAAUCUUUAACAUAAAUCUACUUGUUUUAUUGAAUAAAGUGCAUUUCAGAGCACAUGGAGGGGACAACAUGAGGACGACAACUACCGAAGUUGCUUAUACAGAAAUGAUCAAAUAUCUAAUAAAUAUCACAUUAAAUAUUUACUUUUAUGACUAGCUGUUCCCGACCCAUCCAGAACGUGUCCAUGACCCACUUUUGGAGCGGGACCCACCAGUUGAGAACCACUAGAUUAAUGAUUUAUAGAUAUAUAAAUGAAAAUGUGUCACAGUGUUGUCUCUCUCUUUCCUCCCUUUUCUCUUCAUCCAUCCAGGCGUCACUGUCUCCAAUCCUCUCUCUGCUCUCUCCUCCACCGUCCACCUUUCAGUCUACCAGCCCUCCCUUCACAGUUUGGUUUUCUUUGUGCUUCACGGGCCUCUGGGUGUCCCUCCCUGCAGCUCCUCGCCUCAGACAGAUGUGACCAAUGUGACUGUAGAGACAGUUUACCGGGGCGACCCUGUAACACUAGAGGCACACCUGGCUGAUGGUUCUGCUGCAGAGUUUAACUGGAAGUUAACCCACGAGGGAAAUGAGACGAACAUGGAGGACAUGAGGAAAUUUCACCUUCCUUGCUGCGAGUCUGUAAACACAACAAUAGUGAGUUACUGCUGUAUGAUUCAGACACAAAAGAAAAUAUCAUCUGAUUUAAGAGCUUUGGGUUCCUUUAUUUUAACUGACCACCAAUUUUUUUUUAUUUUUUGUUUUACACUGAAUCUGGAUUUACAUCAAAAAUAUUUGGCCUUAGCAAAUUGAGCCAAUUUUACAUACACAUUCAAUAAAAACAAGAUAUGACCUAAACAUUUUAGCAUUACAACACAUGAAUAGGUAACAUUUAUUUUUUUGAGUUUUGAGUAACUGGCCUCCUAUUUGGCUGUCAAAGUGAAAAAAAAAGUAAAAUCUCCUUUUUCUGUAUUUUCACAGAUUUGUUUCUUCUCAUAAUUUGCAUUUUCACAAAUAAAAUGAAGGUUUUAAAAAGUUCAGAGUGAAGUUUAGACUUAACAUCCCUUUUAAAAGAGAAAUUGGAAGCUAAUUUAAAGUGUACUAAUAUUUUCACAUCCACUUAGAUUAUCAGCCUAUUUUCAAAAAUAAGGGUUUAAGGUUUAGCACCUAAAAAUUCACAAUGACCAAUUAAUAAAAUGAUGGUUAUUGAAGUCUCUCUGCAUAGAAAUGGAUGUAAAAUUAUAUUUAAAAAAUUUCAGCAGCAUUUUUAUUAUGAAGUUUUCCUCACUAAUGUAUCAUCAUGUUUUCAACUUGACAGAUAAAAGAGUUUUAUUUUAAAUACUUUCAGAAGUGGAUCUUUGAGACGGAGGGAGUUUACAUCGUGUCAGUGAAUGCCUCUGGUGCCUUUGGAUGGACACAGGAAAAAAGACAUAUUGUGAGUGCUCAGCUUUCACUUAGUAAAAAUGCUCUCCUCAUGUUAGAAGGUUAUUAAAGGAAAGAUCCGUAUAGUUAAAAUAACCUGCAGACUAAAGCCAAUAACACUUUGCUAUUCAGUCUCAGUAUUUGCUAAUCUCCUCAGGCCCAUCUUCUGCUCUUACUACCAUCUCUGGAUCCUGUUGUUGAUAGAAAUCUUUGAAAUAAGCUAUAAAACAUUGAGCUUAAUGUAGAAAAAAGCCAAAAGGGAUCUUGUGUCAGACAUCUGUGUUUGUGUCUUGCAGGUGGUUGUGCGUCCUACUGUCCCUGACCUGGGAGUGAAUGAAUCAGGGAAUCAGCUGACUCCCAGUGAGGGGGUCUCUGUGGAUGUGUCGCCUCAGAUUAAAAACACAAUGGUGCAUGUUGAGGGGAGCAGAAUGCCGUCACUCCCGGUCUCAGUUAAUCCCACACAACAACCACCUACCGGUCAGAAUCCAGUCCACGGCUCGGCUCAUAAUGGUGAGGAAGCAUUUUUAUCUGACACCCACUGAGAGAGACUGAACAUCUGAAGGUUAAUUAAGCGUUUUGGAGAGAGGAGUGUGACUUCACUUUUCUUUUAGAUUUGAAGCACUUUUCUGACAUUUUUAUCAGUAAAUCAUUUCACAAAAAUGUUCUCCUGGAUACAAACAAUUGUAAACUAGUUUUUUUUGUAAGGCCAACAUACUGUAGGGUUUUUCUCAAGCCUAUUUAUAGAGCUAUAAAAAACACCAAUUACUUUCCAAUUUGAAUUGAGUUAUUCACUUUACGCUGUACUUUUUUUUUGUCGUGCAACAGUUCUGUUUUUCUACAACUAUAAUAACAGCCAGUUGCUUCUUUUUUUUUGUCUUUCAGUGCAGAUUUAUGCAGCAAAUCAAGCUUAUCCAACAAAUACAGAUAUAACUCUAUUGGCUGUGGCUCAAGUACCAGACCCUGUGGAGUUCCUCUGGCACUUUGGAGACUCCACAUCAAUCAGAACCAACUCAAGGACCAUUUUGAAAAGAUACCAAAAACCUGGCAGGUAUGGAACUUUCCCAAAUGAGGCAAACAAAACUUUUUUUGCUCCUCAUAAAGGCAAUAAAUAUCAAUAAAGUAUAAAAGUAUAUAUCUAAAUGCCUCUCUUGACUUUGCAGGUAUGAUAUCGUCGUAGUCAUGUCCAGCAGCUGGGGCACCGUAACCUCUGAUGUGUUCCCGCUGGUUGUCCAGAGAGCGGUGAAGCUCAACAAGCUGCUCCACCCGACAUCUGUCCUACAGAACCAAACAGUGAUGAUGAGUUGUCGGGUCAGCGUGGGGACUGAUGUCACCUUCCUGUGGAACUUUGGAGACGGAUCACGUAGAGCGGGACAGAGCAGAGAGCAGCACGUCUACCUCAGGCGAGUUUCACCAUCAGUACUCAUACUCAUCAGUUCCAUACAGAUUUGUUUUUUAUAUAAAAUCUGACUCUUAUGUUUUACUCAUUGAGAAUCUUUUCAUUUUAAAUCUAAAAUGUAAACUAAAGCUGUUUCUGCGACUGUCAUCUACCCUGGGCUGUGAUUGCAGACAUUAAAAUAACAAAUCAGUCCUGAUGGUAAUAACCUCCUUUCUGUCCACAUGGGGUUUUGGUAUCAACUCAACCCAAAAGUUCCCCACAUCAGCUUUAACUUUAACUUUGACAUGUAUUUUUGCUUUCUUGUAUUUAGGACAGGAGAGUUCACAGUAACAGUCACUGUGUCCAACCUGGUCAGCUCCGCCUCUCUGAGUCGUCACAUCUUUGUUGUCGACCGGCCCUGUCAGCCUCCACCUGUCAAAAACAUGGGGCCCCUCAAAGUGCAGGUAUGUUUUACCAGCAAGUAUAACUGGAAGGAUCAUUAUUUUUCAACAGUCUCCAGUUCAUCUUCUCUUUUUUCUUCAAGGUUCGAAGACACGAGGUUACCCGUCUGGGGGUGACUUAUGACACUGAAGUGGACUGUGAUAUUUCAGGAGGCCUUCACUACACCUGGACCUUAUUUGACUUUGCAGGACACGUCUUUGGUUUGCCUCUUAUAGACACACACAGACAGAGCCUCGUACUGCCCGAGUUCCUCCUCAACUAUGACACUUACACUGCUGUAGCCAGGGUAUGAACAACGAAGUGACAAAAACUGUCCUGUACUGACCUCUAAACUGGUCUCUGGGACUCUCUUGAAGAGUUUAUAAUCCAUCUUUAUCCUGCAGGUUCAGGUCGUUGGCAGUGUGGUGUACAGUAACUACAGCGUGAGUGUGCAGGUGAUACCGAGUCCUCCUGUGGCCUUCAUUCAGGGCGGCACCAACAUCUUCAUUAACAACCAUAACACCUCUGUGGUAACCUUGGAUGGGCAGAGAUCCUAUGACCCAGAUUUUCCUGAAAACCCACUCAGGUAGAGGAACACUUUUAAUGGAUCUGAGGCGUGUGUGCUUAUCAUCCGACAUCCAAACUUCAGAGUGUUUCUCUGAUUUCUUCUUUGCAGCUUUAGUUGGACAUGUAAACCCGUCAGCUCCAUCCCCAGCUCCUGUUUCCACCAAAGUGUCCCCUCUUCGUCCCCUGUGCUUGAAUUUCCCACGAGUUUCCUGAAACACGACUUUGACCAGUUCCAGUUCACGCUCACCGUCCACAGCGGUCAGCGCUCAACUUCAAUUGAGACUUUUGUCACAUUGACACAAAAUGUAAUCAGGUAAGAAACACUACUUCACUGUGAGUGAAUUAGAUUCCUGUGUUAGAGUGUGUGCUGUAUCUCAACAUACCUCUUUUCCAACAAAGGGAGGUGUCUAUCGACUGCUCUCAGUGCCAGGGAGACCAGCUGAACUGGGAUCAGUUGUUCUCUUUCAGAGCCGUCUGUAAAGGUUGUGAUACUUCCUCAGACGAUGUGCAGUACAGCUGGAGUCUGUACUUGGUCAAUGCAUCCUCCAAGCCUGUCACAGAUGGUAAAAACAGACAAAAACACCUGGAGACGAAUCAUUUGAUUUAUUGAUUUACAAAAAAAAAAAAAACCCAACACCAUAAUUCCACCUUUUUCGUUUUAUUCCAGUCCCAUUUUGUUACACCUUGGAUCUCGGUGCUCCGAUAAACAUCUGGGAGGGUUCUGCAGCUUCACCUCCUCACACUCCUGGGAUGUCCACCUUGCACCCACCUGUUUCAGAUACCUCACAUGACAUCCAUGCUUUCAGUGCAUCUGAAGCAAGAGCCGGGAAGCUGAACCCGAACCCAAACCCGACUGAGAGCUCAAUAUUUUCUAAGGAUGACAGAAAAAAGUCAAGUAAGUGAUAAAACAGCAGCUGCAGUGCUUCCCAGGUGGUUUCCUGAGUGAAAACAGAUAAAUGAAAUAGUGCUGCACACUGGAGGAGAAAAUAACUUUCUGCAACUUCUCAUUUCCUCCUCAGGUUUGUCAAAAACUGAGCCUUUCCCUUCUGUAGUCAUCUUAGACAGGAGUCUCAGGCAGGCCUGGAAAACAUUAUGAUUCUUUACAGUGCUGCAAGCUUUUAGUGUUUAAUUCAUGGAGGAGAAAUGCUUGAGAAUGUAAAGUUUAUUAUGCUCACAAAUAGCUUAUUAGUGUUUGAGAUAUGUGCAUCAAUAAAGAAAAUCGACGAGAGGUAAUAAUGUGCAAGGUCACCGUUACAGUAAAAAGGAUAGUUUAUGAAUAAUUUAACAGCUUUUCCUCUUUAUUUCCAGGAGAGGAGCCCUUUUAUCACCCACAGGGGGGGUUUCACCCUCGGGAGCUUUCGCACUCCUCCACUAAAUACCAGUCUCUUGCCCUUGACAACGGCAGCAUCCAAUAUUCAGAGCACUUUGACAGUGACGUUAUCAGUGAAUCACCAAUUGAUUUGGACUCGUCUGCUGACUGGGAUCUUUCUUUUCCUGUCUCGGAGAGCGGUGACUCGGGAGUUGGACGAGGUGAGGCAAAAAUAGGCUGGAGUUUCGGCUCUGGAGCUUUUCUGUUCCUGCAGUUUGGUCCUGAAUUGAUGAAUUAAAGACUCUUGAUCAGCUCCACAUAGUUCAUGAAUCACUCUGGGGGAUAAAAACUUAAGUGACAAGCAAAUUUCUAAGCUUAUAACAACAAUAGGGGUAUGACUGAUCGUUUUGCACCUUCAGAUUAUGAUGCUGCCUGGAUGAGCCCGGACGAAGGUGAUCCAGGGAUUUCAGCAGGACGGCCCACAGGUACAGCACCAUUCAUUCAUUCAUUCAUUCAUUCAUUCAUUCAUUCAAUCAAUCAAUCAAUCAAUCAAUCAAUCAAUCAAUCAAUCAAUCAAUCAAUCAAUCAAUCAAUCAAUCAAUCAAAAUUUUGUUUAUAUAGUGCCAAUUCACAACAGUCAUCAUUCCAAGAUGCUUUCCAGAGAAAAAGUGCGGGUCUAGACCACACUCAUUGUUUGAUCCAACCUUAAGAUGGGACAGAUUUGACCCAUCUCAUCUAAUAUGAGAGACAGUGGCGAGGAAGAACUUCCUUUUAAGAGGCAGAAACCUUGGGAAGGACCAGACUCAUGUUAGACAGCCACCACACUGCUGCUGGGUUAGGGAGAAAUACAGAGAGAUAGAGAGAGAUUAAUGUCUUUGUUUACCAAGAAUCCUAAAUGCUGAUGUGUGUGUGUUUACCUGCUUGUGUAUAUCAGGUGUGGAUGGUGAGACCUAUAGUGCAGGAGAUUAUGAAGAGUUCCAUCCAACAUUUCAUGAAGACGAGGGCAGCAAUCUGGUGGAUGACAGGCCAUCUGUGACGACACGGGAUCCAGUUUUACUCGAUCUACAUCGAGACCCAGUGGACAGGAGUGUGUUUGAGUCCUACACAUACACAGGUAUGUUAUUUAUGACACUCAAUGGGACAAAAUUGUGUUUAUCGACCUCAAAAGUCAAAUAUCUUUCUCUUUCUUUUCACCAUCACAGGAAUUUCCUCUCCUUUGCUCAGCCUCAGACCGUUCAGUCUGAGACCCGGCAGCAGAUACAUGUUGGAGGUCAUGGCCAGUAAGUCUAGGGUCAUUGUUAAUGUGUUAGAAACUGGCGUGAGAGCACUUUACGAACACACAAGAAGCAAAAAACUAAUUAGACGCUCUUGAGGCUAAAUGUAUUUGAAUGUGAUAACAGCGGCAAGCAGAACAAUUUUGUAUUUUUUUCAGAAUCAGUUUCAGAAAAAAAGUAAAAGAAAUGUUUUUGAUCUAACCGUCUAACUAAGGGAGUAGAUGAGUGUCCGGAUGCUGUUCUGAUUAUUACCUGUUGGAUUCAGGUUCUCAGGAUGGUUUUCUGGGCCGGUCUCAGCUUUUCUUCAAAACCAACCCCACUCCAAAAGGGAUGAGGUGCCAGGUGCAGCCAAUGACAGGACAGGAAUUGUAUACACACUUCAGCAUCUUCUGCACCUCUGGGAAAGAGGUAUUACAUGAACAGUAUCACAUACAAGCAAAACAUUGAGUGCUAACCCUGUGUAUUUUCUGUGUUUUUUAAAACCUCAUAAAUACUCACUUCAUUUUCAGAUGAUUGUAAAGUAUUUGUUGGAUUUACUUUGUUUUCUGCAUGUUAGACUUCAUGUCAGUGAUUGUCUGUGUGUGCUAAAGGACUUGGUGUAUGAGUACAGCUUCAGCGUAGGAGACAGACCUCCCAGGAUGCUGUAUCAGGGCAGGGACAUCCAGCACUACUUCAGUCUUCCUUCUGGUGACCCUAAAGAUGACUAUAAAGGUAAAAUCCUACAAAUAUACAUAUACAGGGAUGUGUUAGUUUUUUUAAUAUAGUGGUGCUAGAGUUACAGAUGUUUUCUUUUAGUUAAAUUUAUGAUUGUUUUCCCUCUUUAGUAACUAUUAACACAGAGAUCAGGAGCAGCACCCAUGGGACAGCCACUAGACCAUGUCCUGUAACAGUCCAAGUCCAGCCGAGCUUCUUCAGAAGUGACUCUUCUUCUUCAGGUCUCGAUCCUGAUAAGGAGCUGUAAGGAUCACCAUGUCAUCACAUCACAGCAGGACCACAGUCAUGCAUCUCCACGUCUUUUACACUCAUUUCUUCUUUCUCUUUAGUUCAGAGGCAGGUCUGAGGAACUUAUCCGCUCUGCUGCAGCUCGGCAACAACAAUGAGAUCCGUAACUACAUCGCUCUCCUCUCCGACAUUCUGAACAGACUCAGCAGGGACACUGAGGCAAACACACGAAUACAGAAACUCACACGCAACGUUCUCAUCUGCACACUGUGUGAGCUUGAAAGCAGUGAACAGGUAUACACCAGAGAUUUACACUCAAACUCAAUCCGACAUUUCUGAUUUGAACAAAUCCCUCUCAGUGUUUACCUGUUUUUACUCCUGUGUUUCUUUCUGAACUACAGACUUGUGCAGCAUUUUAACAACAUGUCUUUCAAUUCCAGGCUUCAAUGAUAGACAACACCCACAUCCUUGAAAAUCUUUUACAAGUUACUCAUCAGGUAGGUCUCGUUUCUUAGGCUUUUAUUGAUCAAGAUUAAGUUGAAAAGUGUGUCUUAUUCUUGCUUUAUUCUGCUUAGGUGACACUAGCAAGUGCAAAGCGAGUGAUGUUUCAUGUUAAGGCAAUCUCAAAGCGGUUAUCACAGUCCAGAGCUCCAGGCUGGUACCAUCUGGACCAGAAGACACUAAACACCCUGGUGGCCCUGCUCUCAUACAGCCUGCAAGCUGCUGUAAAUAGAGAUGACUCCUCAUUGGCAAAAUCAGUCAGUGGUGACACCAAAUGGACUUCAGAAUCAGCCUCACAUGGUUAUGACAGAAAAAAUGACUCAUCCAGCGGAGAAAAGCUCUCAACAAAGCAGGUGCUGCAGCUCAAGGCUGAUAUUCUGCAGACUGCUACAGACCUGAUGCUGGUGAGAAACAUGAUCCUCUGCAUGCUCACCUAUCACAAGUUUUUAUAUCCUCUCCUCCCUUUUUUCUACUUUUAAUUUCCUCUUUUUUUUAGGAGUACAUCUUGUUUCACGAAGCCUCGGAGCACAAAGUCAGCACUGGUUUUGUUUUCUUACACGCCGGACACCAAAACCAAACCUCCACAAUCAUCAAGGGUGUUUCAAGCACCUUCUACCUGCCCUCCUCCCUGAUCCGACACAGAGAGAAUGAGAGACCGUGUGUGCUCAGCAUGCUGACUGAGCUCACACACAACCCGUACACCCAGGCCGGCCAACCUGGACAGGUGAGACUUGCAAAAUAUGAAAGCAGAAAUGAUCCAAGAUUGAAGGCAUCGCUCUGAUUUUUUGCUCUUUUAUUUUACAGCCGAGUGGACCUGUGGUGGACCUGAGUCUGUACAAGUGCGGCUCAAAGAGAAAGAUCCCUGUUCGCUCCCUCGCUCAGCCAAUAAACAUCGAGCUGCAGCCACCUCAGAGGACUGUACGUCACUGUUCCAUCUUUCCUGAUAGUAACAGAGUCAGUACAGUUGAUUGAUUGUUGAUUUCUUUCUGCAGAAGAGCUUCGCUUCUGACCACAUCCUCCUGCCCGGCCAGAUCAACUACCACACCUUUAACAUUACCCAGCAGCACUUGCAACAGGCUAUCCAGAUUUGCGUGGUGUUGAAGCCGUCGCUCAACAAGGCGUUUCCUGUCAUGCUUCUCUUCAGGUAAAAAGGCAGGGACUAAGGCUGUUGUGUGAAAGUCACUAUAGAAUACCAAAAAAUAAAAGUGGCGCAUAAUCUAACUAAGAGUCUCUGUUGGUGGCAGGAUGUUUGAGAGGCCGACUCCCAGCAUGAACCACCUGAGAAAGAUUCACCACUGGGAGACAAACACCUUGUGUAUCGCUCUGCCUCCAUACUACCUUAAUGGUGAGAAAUCCAUUCACUGCUCCUCACAUUAUCACACAUAGUGACAUAUCAGUUUAAAAUGAUAAUGAUCGGUUUGUUAUUACUUAUUUAACUUAUCAAUACUUGUGAAAAUCUUAAAAGCCUUUUGAAGAUAAAAGGUCAUGUGUCACAGUCUAGAGUGAAACAAAAGGCCAUAAUGGAAGUUAAAGACAAAAAAAGGAUUUAUUAAAAAAACUAAACAAAAAGCAACAAAAACUUACUUCCAAAAUGUCCCACCAAAAAAUCCAAAAGGCAAAAUCCAACUAAAAAUACUGGGGAAAAUAUCACAAGGACAUAACAGGGAACACAAGCGACGCACGCAUCAACAUAUAAUAAACCAAACAGGACAGAGGGGAAGACAGGGACUAUAUACACACUGGUAAACGAGCAACAGGUGAGGCAAACGAGACACAGGUGAGGCAAACGAGACACAGGUGCAACUCAUGAGUGAUUAACGAGGGAGGGAAAACUAGGAAAGUAAAAGCAGACUAGAAACACAAGGAAUCAACUACUACAAAAUAAAACAGGAAACACACAAAACUGAACUAAAGGAUAAAACACAGAGAACAGAAGAGAAACAGGGUCAAACACAAACUGAAAACUCACAAGACUGGACUACAAGGGAACAGAAACACUAUGGAAAUUUUACCAAAGAAAAUACACUUCAAUAACAAAACCCGGGAAAAAAAAAAGAUAACAUAAUAUAUCAUGACACCAUGGGUGAGUGGAAAAAAUAUAUGGAUUUUAUUCAGCAAGUCAAUGUAACAAAGUUAUAAUUAUUACUGAAACCAACUGAAAUAUGGCCGAAUGAAUAGUUGGAAGCUUUUUUGUAAACUGAGAUUAAAUUAGAAAUUAACAACCAUGGAAAUAGAAUAUUUAUUUAAAGAGAAUUUUGCCAUUAAGAUACUAAAACAGAACAAAUGUCCAGCUGCAGGGGUUGGACACCUGGCUCUUCUGAAUGAUGAUUUUAGGAAAGCAGCCACACAAAAGCACCUGAGUGAGCGGCUCAGCUACAGUCUCACUGUGGACACCAGUCUAUGUUUGUCCUGGGACGACCACCAGGGGGCCUGGACGCAGCACGGCUGCAGGACACAGCCAACGCGCACAAGUGCUGCAGUCAAUUGCAGGUAAGGAGAGUUCAGGCAUGAGAAGUGGAGACAGAGAGAACUGUUCAGAUGACUAUCUGCAUUGUUGGUGUUUUCUGUUUGUCUCAGCUGUCAGCAGUUUAGGCCCCUGACUGUGGUGCAGCAGCAGAUUCAGAGCAGCCAUGAUGCAGCCGGUCUGGACCCCUUCCUGAGGUGAGCUCAUCCACAUUUAGACCAGGAUGAUUUAGAUUCAAAAAGGAAAAGAAAAAGCCUUUGUGACUGAAACUAAUUUUCACUCACCCUGUUGGAGUUCAAGGUUCAACUUUGAAACCAUCACCAUAGCAACAACCUGGUAACAAGUUUGAAGAAUAAAUUCAAACAGGGAGAAAAGUUUCUUUUUUCUGUGACCUGACAGAAAGGUGGACAUUUUUCUCUCUCAAAGUAAUUUUUUGCAUAUUUGUCUGCAGUUUUAUUUCUAAAAAGAAUAAAAGAUGAGAUGGAAAAUCCCCCUUUUCCUCUUGUCUCUAGUGUGCCCACUGAUUUGACAGUCCUGGGUGUGCUGAUGCUGUGCGUCUGCCUGUACAUCCCGGGGAUCAUGGCUUGUAGGCAAGCUGAUAUUGUGUCCAAGGCAAACUGUAGAGUCCACUACCUCUCUGACAACUCGCCUCAAGACCCUUAUCUCUAUACUGUGACAGUCCAUACUGGUCCCUGGUCUGCAGCCCAUAUGAGUGCAAAGGUAAGGUGAUAUUUGAAUGCCUUAGACUAAAAGAUGGGAUUUAUUGGUCAUGUGAUAACACAAAAAAAAGUUUAUUUACUUAUUUUUAAUUGAGUAAUAUGAUAUCACACAGUUUUUUUUUUUUGUCUGAGGGUGUUUAUAGCUGAUUUUCACAGAACAAAAAGCAGAAAUCCACUAAAAGUCGUUCGAUUAUUCGUAUCAUCCCAAAUAGUUGAGUUUGUGCGGAGAACCAUGUAGAUUGUGUCUCCCUUUUCCAGUUGAAGAACAAAUCCAUUAGACACAUGAACAUAGCCGUGGUUAUCAUUAACAUCGUAACAGUGAGUCAUUGUCUUGUCAUUGUGGAACAGUUUGACCCCUAACACGUUUGAAUAUCGUGCAUCCCACCCGUUGAAUCUAAAGAAGUAGGCUCCUUUGACGGGGGCUGUGAAGAUUCCUGCAACAAAAGGAGGUAUCCAGUAAGGAUUAAGCAGCCUUUUACCAUCUUUGAUAUCAAAAUACAGCCUCUUUUUACAACAGCUGUAAAAUUCUUUAUCAACAAAUCAAAAAUUAACAGAACAAGGAAGUGUGACGACAAUAGAAUGAAUAUAAUUAGAGGGUUAAAAUAUGGAAAAAAGGGAAAAUUAAGUGUGAAGUAUGUGAAUACCUGUCGUGGGGUUGUAGGCCUGGCCAAUAUUAGUGAAGACUUUACCAAACUUAAGAGUUACUUCAGUGUUGAAGGGUCCAGUAUGUCCCACAUCAGUCAGACCGACCGUGAAUGCCACUUUUGGACGGUCUGUUUUAAUGUAAACAUCAGCAAGGCAAAAAAUAUAGUUAAAAAAUACAGACAACUUUACUUUUAUGGCGCUUUUAUACAGGUAAGAGCGGACGAUAACAGUGAUUAUUAAUAACAGUUUUAUUCAUAAUGAAGUGGCUCUGCACUAAACAAAGCUCUCUAAUGAAACGCUCUUCUCACUACCACCAAAAUAUGACUUUUGACAUGAAUGUAUGAUGUAUUUUGCUUACCUGCAUUUUCCCUCUGGAGCUCCUCCAACCCAAUCUCGAUGGAGCUAAUUCUGGUCUUUAAAACUAUGAACACAUUUAACACUGUUUUAAUGUUUUGUGGCUGACACAUUUAAGCAAAUUCUUAUGAUAACAACAACAACAGUCUUACCAGAGAUCUGACUUUCAGCCGUGGUUAGGCUGUUCAGGAGAUCUGGUUUCAAGAAAAAUUAGAGUUUUUAACGAAGGAAAAGUGAACUGUUUAUGAGUGUAAACUUUUGUAUAAAAUAAAUCAUUUGCAAAAAUUAUUUGAGCUUUUUAUCAGUGUUGUAGCUCACCUGUAUUCUCCCUCUUCAGAUCUUUCACCUGGGUUUCAAUGGAGCUCAUCUGGGCUCUUAAAACUGAAAAUGUUGCAUGUUAAUAGCAAAGCUGCUUUCUAUUAAGCUGACGAGAUAAUUGAUGAGAUUUAUAUUAGCAGCAUUGUACUCCAAGCUUUGAUAACUUUUCCCUGAAGGUUUGCCAAAGGUUGAAUACAAUCACUAACAUUUAUACAAGAUUUUAGCUGAGAGUAAACAUUAAAUCUCUGUCUACUUACUUUUACUGACAGGCAGUCUGGCCUGGAGAUGGAACCAAAUCAUUAAAUCAUGUUUUUUAUAACAUGAAUUACCUGAAUUAUCUUGCUCCAGCUUUUCUAUCUUUCUGUUGCUGUUCAAGAGCUCCACCCUUUGCUCGAUAGCCAUGUCUCUCAGCUCCUUCAGUUCAGCCCAAAUGCUUCUCUGAUUGAUAUUGUCCCCCACUGAGCCUCCCAUAUCGAUCUGAGACCAUGUCCAGUCCAGACAGAGGAGCAACAACAGAGCACCAGCAGCAGCCCUCAUUCUGAAAUAUUUCCUCUUAGAUAGUCACAUGGACUCUGACUCUUUCUUUAUAUACACCUGAAACGGCCAAUGAACUUCCGUGUGAUGAAAUCCAAAAUGCCCCACAUUACACCAGUAGGGGAGAGCGGGGUAACUGGAGUCAAAGGUUAAGUUGAGCCACCCCCUGUUGCUUAGAAAUGAUUGAAAGAAAUUGAUCAUGUGACCAAAUAUUUAGGAGAUGGGCUUCAAUUCAUGGAGUCUGUGAAGGUUAGACGUUUAUUUAAAAAAAAAGCAUUUUUCACUCUUGAAAGUGAAUUAAGUCUGUCAUAAGUUUCAUUAGAAUUGUGUUCAGACCAAAAAAGAUCAUUUUAAAUUAGUUUUAUACAUCAAUUGUGGUGUUUAUGAGCGACAACAUGAGGUCAAAAACCGAGUGGAAAAGUCCACCAUUUUAGAGUAGAGGACUAAUAAAGUCAUCAUACAUGGGGUAAGUUGACCAUAGGAGACCACUUUUUUUUUGGCAUGCUAUAUUAUCCAGACAGUUAUGUUUAUACUCAUUCUGUUGGUUUGCAGGGAUGAACAAAAUCUUUAAUAUAUGCAGAUACACUAGUUAGAGACAAUACUAUGAUUGUCUUGAUGUAGUGAUCCGAAAUAUGAAAAAUGGCUCAUCUUACCCCACUCUCCCCUACACUUGAAAGAAAACAACAGCUAGUUCAACUUUAAGGGACCCUGAGGUGCUUGAUGUGGUUUUGAUGCCCCAUGUAGACAAAGUGAACGCUCUUCUCUCCCGCUGAUAGCUUGUAUGUGUAUAAUAUCUGUCUCUAGUAUAGUGUGUACUCAAAAGGAAACCAUCUCUAAUUUUUCACCAGGUCUAUAUAGCGCUGAAAGGUGAAGAUGGGGUUUCACAGACAAAACAACUACAAGUCCCAGGGUGCACGCUGUUCAGACCGAACUCUCAGGACACCUUUAUAUUAAGGUAAAAUAAGAUUAAGAUGGUCGAUCUGGUGAGGAGAAAAGGUCUGUUAUCUUUUUUUGCUUUUUGAAUCAACACACUGGAUGAAGUUUCUUCCCCUGACUCCACAGUGCAGCAGACAGCUUAGGUGAAAUGCUAGGGGUUCACAUCUGGCAUGACAACUCUGGACCCUGCCCCACCUGGUACCUCAGACACGUGGAGGUAUCUGAGGUAAGCUUGCCUGUUUAAAAAAUGCGCCGUUCCCUUUGUGCUUUGACUCGAAUCAACUCUGUUUUCUACUUUUUAAACAGCUGAACAGAGGGAAUGUAAAAAGUCGUGCUUGGCUCUUUGUUGGUCGUUGUUGGCUGGCUGUCAGUAAAGGUGAUGGCCGGGUGGAGAGGAUGCUGCAAGUUAGCAACAAGGGAAUGAGCUUUUCUAAGGUGGCGCUCUGACACAUACACACACAAACACACACAAAAUAAGAUCUAUUUCUGAUUAUGCAAAUGUGUCCUUGCAGAUGUUGACUCUGAAGUUAUCUGACUACCUUGCCGACCACCACAUGUGGGUAUCUAUACUCAGCAGCCCCCACCCCAACUCUUUCACAUGUACUCAAAGGCUGAGUGUUAGCCUGCUGCUCCUGAUGGGUUAUGCAUGUAUGAACACGGUCAUUAUAUCACAAAUGGAGGACCAGGUAUGAACAUAAAAGCUACAAAGUCUGCAAGAGUAAGAAAAUAGUUCACCUAUAAUGCUGAUGUUCCUGGUGCUUUGUUUGCAGUUGCUGUUUGAAGUGGGCUUCAUUCAUGCAUCAGCUGUUUCCGUGACAACAGGAAUAGUAAGUGUGGUGGCUGUGUUACCUGCCGCAGCAUUGAUAUCCUUCCUUUUUAGGCUGCGUGAGGUCAAACUGUCUGGACCAGAAGUCCAAAACAGAGACAGCAGAGACACUGAGAAGGUUUUUUUUGGAGGUGAGCUGAGAUUACGUUGGACACAGAUUUUCCCCUCUUUCCUCAGAAUGAGCAACAACAUCAGAUGAAAAUAACAUUAAUUAUGCUCUGUCUUUGUAUGACCAUAAUGUUUCUUUACACAGAUGCUCUUUCGGUGACUGACAGCGUAUCUGAACCGCAUCUCUUUUGGAGCAGCGUUCAUCAGUGGGCGCAGGAGGCGUGGAGGAACAAAUACCAGGUUACACCAACAUCAUUAUUAUUCCGUCUUGUCUUUGUUCCUUUCCUUUUCUUACACCUGCUUUAAUUUCCUCUUGUUUUCUAGAGCACAGACCUGCAGUCGGUGUCCUCUACGUGUGUUGAAAACAAAAAAACAGAUAAAGACCCUGCGGUUCAAACAGAUGAGGCCAUAAGAAAGGAACAUGCUCUAAUAUUUGAUGGACAACUAGGACCAGAGUUGCAAAAUUCGUCACAUGUUUCGGGAAAGGAGUUCGAUCUCUUCAGUGAAAGCAACAGAUUUAAUGGAUCCCAAAAAUCUCUGUUGUCCGUAACUCAGGAUGGAGCUCAGACUUGUCAAAAAGAGACUGAUCUUACAGGGGAAAAGGAGAAAAGCAGCCAUCAUGGAGCAUCUUUGUCCAAUCACAGCAGAUGUGAUGACACCAGCAUUGGGCCCAAAAGGAGAAGAUUCAGACCAGUAUCUCAGUGGAGUCACAGUUUAGCCUGGACUCUGUGUGUGCUGCUAUCGGUCUCCUGCCUGGUGCUGUCUGCAGUGCUGGGAUUAAGGUAGCGCAUAUAUGAUAUCAGUGAAUAGAUCAUUGUUAAAAUACAUGAACUCUACUCCAAUGAAUUAUGAUUUCGACUUACUUGUGAAUAUUGUAUAAAGGUAAAAUUGAAUGUUUGUGUUUUCAUUCUUCAGGUUCAGCAGCAGCAAGCUUCUGCUCUGGAUACACUCUCUUUUCUUCUCCCUGAUGUCUUGCAUCUUUGUCAUUCAGCCAGCUGUGGUAAACUAAUAUCUAUUUUUGUUCAAACUAAUGCAAAAAAUAUUCUUGGAUUUAUGUUAAACUGGAUUUACUGGAAUGUGAAGGUGAUUUAACACCAAACUCUUUGCACUUUCUUCUUAUAGAUAAUCACAGUAGCAGUGGCUGUCUCAUUUUGGUACAGAAAUCGAGCAGACGUUUAUCGUUUCGCCAAAGUGAGAGAAUUUGAAACAGCAGAUACAAAACUAUGGAGCCAAGAUGGUUCAAAUCAACAAGAAGAUCAGAUCUGGAAAACUGCCUUUCUCCAGAAGAGAUGCUCAAACCUCGAUAAGGUGGCACCUACCCUCCGCUCUCAUUCUGUCCUCAUUUAUUCUGCAGUCCCUAUUUUAAUAUAGAAUUUAUCACUUCUGAUUGACAGCUGCUUAGAGCUCGCCAGAGAGCCCGCUACCUCCGUUACGUAAGACCGCCAACACAAGCAGAACUCAGGACAACCCGUGGGAAGAAAAGGAGAGAGACUCUUCUCUGCAAAACCCUCAGGUGUGAAUCUGUGUGUUUUUACAGAUGUUUGUGUGAAAUGAAGAGCAGUGUAAAGAAUCAUUCUCAUCUUGUCUUUCAGGGAUUUGAGCGUCUGUUUCUCCAUGCUUUUCCUGAUGCUGUGUAUGAAUUACAGCAGCUCAUCUAUCGACCAUAGUCAUCUUAACAAAGCUGUCAGAAAACACUUUAUAAGGUAACAUUUGCACACUCACGCACACAUUUUCUAUCUUUUCUUCUGUUUUUGUUGCUCUUUAAAUCAACUCUCUCUUUAACAGGAGUCAAGAUUCUGCAUUUAUGUCCAUACAAAAGUAUGAUGAAUGGUGGAGGUGGGCACAGACCUGUCUCCUUCACUCACUGUAUAUAAAUGCAUCAACUGCAACCAAGGUAGGCCUGCAGAGUUUCAGAGCUGUAGAAUAAAUGAUGUCUUCAUAACCCACUAAAUGACAUGUGCCUGCUACAAUAGAGGGUAUAAUUUAAUAAAAGUGUUUCUAACCUUUUUGUUCCAUCGCUCAAUGAUUUGACAUCAUCCAACAGACACACAUCUUGAUAGGAGAGCCAAUCCUGUGGAAGAUAGACAAGUCAAGCUCAUUUCAGGGCAAGGUAAGCAACUACAACACACUACAUUUUAAAUGUUACAUCCCAUACCAACUCAAAUUCAUUUUAGCUUAACUUAUGAUUAUUUUAACUUAAUGCUCCUGUGAGGAAUUUUUACCAAGAUAUGAAACUGACGAGAACUAACAGUGAUCUCUCCUUAUGAUCUAGACAUAGACUAGAACUGACAGUGAUGUCUCCUUAUGAGCUAGACAGAUAUAAAAGGUAUCGCUUUGUCUAUAGGAGGCCUUAAACAUGAAAUGAGGCACAUAUAACAUUUUUCCUAUUAGCAACCCUUACAGUUUGAACUGCUUUUUAGCAAUCAGCAAAUUAGAAACACCUUCAAUAAAUCACUAAAUUUUAUUUAUAAAAGUGUUUUUCCUACAAGGAAUGUAACUCAAAGUGCUUUACAGCUAAGUUAAAAACAAAAAACUAUCCCAGAUGCCCCCCAUCCCACACUCCCACACACACUAAAAUAGUGGAAAUGAGGCUGAGUACAGAUGAACCAGUUGAGAAAGCGCCAUCAGAGGAGCCGUCAGCACCAGGAGCAAAGAGCCACCUGCAGCCACAGGACACCAACACAGGGUUAGAGGAGGGAUGUUACAGACACCUCCACCAGGAACCCUGUGGCUGGCCCCUGCAACCACAAGUGACCACCGCACCCGGUGCCAAGGGCUCUCCCAGAGGAAACACUGGGCAUCCUGAAAUUGUUAAAAGGAUAAAAACAAGUAAAAACUAAAAUAUGAAUAAAACACAGACCAUCUUCGUAACAAUAAAUACAAAUAAAUAUAAAAUAAACCUAGGCUAACAAGAAUGAAGAUAAAACAAAUAAAUAUUAAUUAAAAGCUAAGCUAAAUAGGUGGGUCUUGACGCUGCUCUUAAAAACAUGAACGUUCUCAGCGGCCCUGAGGUCCUCUUGCUAGCUCUGCUGCCUUUGCCUGUAUGUCAGGACAAAAUUUCACUCCAAAUUUUCCCAUCAGAAAUGGUCAGGGUCCAGUAGCUCCUCUGGCCUCUCUCACAGCAUUGCCCAGUCACUGUCUUUGUUUCCUGAAGGCUAACAUUUUAUCACAGCGUUGACAGAGAGAGGGGAAAUAUGUUAGAGUACCUUAUUGCAGAUUAACUGAAUGUAAUAAGUGGAAGGUUGUUGCCGUCAAGGCUUUGUGUCACAGUUCUGAAGAGACCCAAGUGCAGAAUGACACUAAGACAGAAAUAGGGCCAAAGCAGAAUUUUAAUUAGCAUACCAAAAAUGGGAAAGUAUCAGUCCAAUCCAAAGUCAAAACCAAAAUCCAGUCCAACCAGGCAGAAGAACAGUGUCAAAAGGCAGAAUCCAAAACAGGGAACAGGCAGAAUUAAAAAAAAACAAAAAUUCAGUUCAACCAGUCAGAGGUACAAAAUUGACAGGCAAAAGCCGAAACAGAGGUCAGGCAGAGUUCAAAAUACUGCCAGGAUAGAUACAAACAAACAGGCAGGCAGGAGCGCAGAUGACAAACUGGCAACAAGAGUUUUGACUGACUGGUCUUAAAUACUGGCAGGUGAUCAGCAAACAGGUUACAGGUGUGAGCAGGAACGUGUGGCUCAGGAGGAGCAAGCAGCUCCAGCAGUGUCCAUGACAGCUUUGUAUCUGAGAAUUAAUUCAUAUCAUCGUUGUGACCAAUCAGAAUCCAGUAUGUAAGACAGUCUGGUAAUAACAAUGAAUAAACUAGUGUAACUUUUAAUGCUCUAAGAAGUGAAAAAGUCAGUUUGGUGACACUUUUACUCCACAUCUACCUCUAGAGGGUGCUGUUUAACAAACGAGCCAAAGCAGCAAGCAUAUACUGCACACAGUUGUAACUUCUGAGAGGAAUUCAGUCAUCUCUCAAUGCCAUACAUUUUCAACCUGCACAAACUGAGGAGUAACUCUUGUUUUGUUUGUUUGUUGAAGCAAUCACUGUGUCACAGUCGUACCAAACAUUUAUAAUUUUGUUCAGUCUGUCUCUGUGCUCUGUAUGACUCUGCUCAGGUCUCUGGUCGAAAUCUCACUCCAGAAUAUCUUCACUCAGUCCUGUCCUGGAGCAAAACACCCACUCAUUCACAUUCACACCACAGUAGUGUGAAUCGUCCUGAAACACCUCCAAGGACAUGUGGUCAGUGGGGCUGUAACUUUGGACAAAAUGCAUCCAUCAGUUUGGGCCACAGGAGGUGAGAAACACACAGACACACACUGAAAAAGUAUUUCAUGUUGAUUCAGUGUCCAUGAAAUCCUCACUUUGGGUCCCUCUGCAGGUCUGAUGCUGCGUCCAAACUGAAGCUUCUUCAUUCAGGUGACUGGCUGAGCAGACAGACGGCUGCUGUCAAAGUCCAGUUCACCUUGUUCAGCCCUGGAGCCAACUUAUUCACUGGUGUGACGAUGAUGGCUGAGCAGAGCUCCACGGGUGUCCUGCUGCCCUCUGUCAGAGUCCAGUCCGUCAGGGUGUAUCACACUCCUGCUGUGGGGGACUAUGUUGCUAUGGCGAGCCAAGUAAAAUGCUACUUAACGCCAUUGAUUUUCUGUUCUAAAAAUGAAGCAAACGAUGAUCUGGUUGUUGUAGAAACUGAAUGUUUUUCUUCUUCUUUUUCUUCUUCCCCACCAGCUCCUCUUCCUUUUCUUGUCUCUGCUGCAAAUCUGUGAUCAGGCGUACUCUGCAGGGCAGCAGGGGCUGAUGGGAUACUGGAGGAGGCCCUCCAACUGGCUAGAAGUGAGUCCACAGCACAUCCAUAAGGCCAUGGACUACUUGUUACCAUUAAAAUAAAGGUUAAAAAAUUGACCCCUAAACAAAGUGAAAAAAGUGAACACAGGUUGGACACAUGAACACAAAUAUGCCGCCUAAGUUUGCCAACAUUGCAAACAGGAUCACAGUGACCUCUCUGAGAGGGUAAAGUGAUCUUUAGCUCUUGAACUGACAGAGCUGUGAAGUUAUUCACACAGAAAAAGGGAUUUUAAGGUCAAACACAAAGCAGGAUACCAACUGCACAAAAUCUAAAGUUUCUGUUUCUGCUUUUUCUACAGGUCGGUUUGCUGAUAGUAACCCUGGUGUAUUACAGUUGUCACAUCUAUCGCUCUGUUGUUGUCCUGGAUAUUGUCAAGCUGCUGCAGAAACACAACCACAGAGGGCAUGUUGAUGUUGCCGUCCUGGCAAACUGGGAGCAAGUAAGAGAAAGAGAGAGGGAGAAAGAAAGAGAUGAAGGAGGGUUGGACCAAGAAGAACAAAUAUUUGAUGUUGAGACUCUUGUCACUCCCUGUCCGGCUUUAGAUCAGUGCAAUACUUCCCUUUGAAAGAGUUUCAAAUGUAUUUGAAGUCCCUUUAAAAUGUGAUCACUUGAUAAUGCAAAGUGAUAAAGAUGUUUUUUUCUCUUUGCAGUGUAUCCACAGUCUGUGUGGAGUUUUGCUCUUUCUCCUCACCAUGAAGUGUCUCACUGUGCUGAGAAGGAUCAGGAUGUUUGCCACCUCUGCUAAACUCCUCAGUCGCACACUUUCCAGACUUCUCUGGCCAAUGGUAGAAAAUGUUGCUCAAUACGACCCCCAAUCGUUAGAUAAUACACAGAUUUUAUUAUUAAUUUAUAAGUUUUAAAGGUCUGUUUCACAACAUAAUCAGAUCAUGUAACAUGAGUGUUAAAUGUUGCAGAGUUUUGUUUAUGUCUUUCACUUAUAGCAGCAUUUUAAGAUCUGUUUAUUUGUGCAUAUUUCCAUCAAAGUUUUCGCUUUACUGGGGUAUAAAGAGUAAAAUAGUGUCUCUCCUCUGUCCUAGAUUUCAUGUCUUGUCCUGAUGGUGGCGCUAUCUUAUAUUGGGAAGCUCCUUCUUACAAGAAGCUGUUGGACUUUCAUUUUAUCUUCCUGCUCAUCUCAAACUCUGCACUGUCAAUACCAUGGUGGCAGAGCGUCAAAGGGCCGCCUCUGCUCUGGGUGUGAUCCUCUAUAUCUGGGAGUUCUCCAUAUGUCCUUCAUUGUGUGGACAGCAAUGGUACAUAUAAACAAAACAAUCAAUUUUUUUCCUUUAUUGAAAAUCUAACUGGAUAAUUGUUGAAUUGUUACUCAUUCUGAGUGAUGAAUGGAGUCUUAACUCAACUUAUUAUUGAAGAAACUCUGUUAGCCUUCAUCAUCGUUACCAUGAAAGUUGUUUGUCCAUUUUACAGGCUGUGGGAGUUGCAUCCUGCUUGGUCAGAGAUGCCAAAACAUCUCAAACUAGGGGGAAUGUCUUCACUGUGACAGAACUAACCAACUACAUUAGACAGAGAGUCUCCAAGAUUACUGGAUGUGCAUGUAGAAGUCCGUGGAUUGAAAAUGAAGUGGAAGAGAGGGUGAGAAAAAGCAGUUUACUCAACGUAGCAAUAAAAUUAUGACAAAAUAUGUCAAAUUAUUGUGAUGCGAACAACUGAGAUGACACUCUGGUUAUGUAUUUGCUUUGAAUUUACUUUCAGUCUCAUUUCUCAGUAAUAUUAGCAGAGAUAGCAGCUAUUUGGGGUUAGAAGUUGAUCACUUUACUCUUUGAAAUUUUCAGACUUACCACCUUGAGGAGUUUGAAAGCCUACUAGAUGAGCUGCUGUUUAAACUCAACGUCCUCUCAGACAGCUUGCACUACUCGCUGCCUCCAAAAGCCCAUCACUACAGAGAACACAGUCCUGAUGCCACACUCAUCCAGGAGCUUCUUUUCAAGAACACUCAGGCAAGUUCACCUCAUUUCAGUUUUGUGGCGUCCAGUAAUUCACGACAGCCUGCAACAAAAGCAAAGGAAAACACAAGACAAAAAGAGUCAGCGUCACUCAUCACAGUUUGUACACAGGGAAAAUCAAUGAAAAUCGUCCAGAAGAACGACAAAGAGGACAGCCACUGGGUCAGUAAAGCUCAGGCCGUCCAUACAGAGGUGGUGGUUGAAGUUCUGGUCCAUGAAGAACCUGGGAGUCUACUGUCUGAUAAACAGAAGAGUUUAUAUUGA